AAGGAAGUACCAUUUAUUGGACGUUGUGUGUAUGCUCUUAUUUCCACUGGCCUUACAAGACCGUGCAUUGUGUAGAUGAGGAAACUGAGUCAUAAUAAAUAUGUGCUGAACCCCUCGGGGGUCACACGGCGCUGAAAUGGUUUCGAGUCAACUUAACGGACGGCACUCGGCCGCAGGCCCCUGCCCUGGAUCCCUCUCCAGAGACCGGACCAGCUCUUGUUCUGUUCCCUCUAGGUACCACAGGCAUCUUGACGAACGGCCGAAAUGCCGGGCCGCUGUCGGAGUGACGCCGCGAUGAGAGUAAACGGGCCAGCAUCCCGAGGACCAGCGGGAGUCUCCACAUAACCUCCCGAGCAGGACGCUCUCCUGCGCAGGCGCGGGGUGUACGUGGGUGGGGCCUCCUCCUCAGGCCCCGCCCAGCCAAAGGCGCUUCCUCUUCCGAGGAGAGGCGGGGCCUCGGCGCCCGCGGGAAACCCGGGCGGUUUGCCUCCGCUAGGUGCUGCCGCCGGGAUGGCAGGUUCGGGGAGGCUGGUCCUACGGCCCUGGAUUCGAGAGCUGAUUCUGGGGUCGGAGACACUCUCCAGUCCACGAGCCGGGCAGCUGCUCGAGGUACUACAGGAGGCCGAGGCCGCGGCCGCGGGCCCAUCCCACGCCCCUGAUGCGUCCGACGUCGGGGCCACGCUGCUUGUGUCUGACGGGACCUACAGUGUCCGAUGCCUGGUGACGCGGGAGGCCCUGGACACCUCGGACUGGGAGGAGAAGGAGUUCGGCUUCCGCGGGACAGAGGGCCGGCUGCUGCUGCUGCAGGACUGCGGGGUUCAUAUCCAGGUCGCUGAGGGCGGCGCGCCCGCAGAGUUCUAUCUCCAGGUGGACCGCUUCAGCCUCCUGCCCACGGAGCAGCCCCGGCUGCGGGUGCCUGGUUGCAAUCAAGACUUAGAUGUUCAGAAAAAGCUCUAUGACUGCCUUGAGGAGCACCUUUCAGAGUCCACCUCGUCCAAUGCAGGCCUAUCACUGUCCCAGCUUCUGGAUGAAAUGCGGGAGGAUCAGGAGCAUCAGGGGGCGCUCGUGUGCCUGGCUGAAAGCUGCCUGACGCUGGAGGGCCCUUGCACAGCACCCCCGCUCACCCACUGGGCUGCCUCACGAUGCAAGGCCACGGGAGAAGCUGUGUACACUGUCCCCAGCUCAAUGCUAUGCAUCUCUGAGAAUGACCAGCUAAUUCUGAGCUCUCUAGGCCCCUGUCAGAGGACACAGGGCCCUGAGCUGCCCCCACCAGACCUGGCUCUGCAGGACCUUUCUCUGACCCUCAUAGCCUCUCCUUCCUCACCCAGUUCCUCAGGAACCCCAGCCUUACCUGGCCACAUGUCAUCCGAGGAAAGUGGUACCAGCAUCAGCCUUCUGCCUGCCCUGUCCUUGGCUGCUUCAGACCCAGGGCAGAGGAGCAGCUCCCAGCCCCCACCAACCAUCUGCUCAGCCCCUGCCCCCCUGAUCCCCAGGUCCCCACACCCCAGCCAAACCCCCAGCUCCCCACUCCAGAGCUGCACUCCCAAUCUCUCACCCCGUGGCCAUGUCCCCAGUCCACACCAGGCUCUUGUGACCAGGCCCCAGAAACCUAGCCUGGAGUUCAAGGAGUUUGUAGGGUUGCCCUGCAAGAAUCAGCGGCCUUCUCCCAGGACCGGAGCUACCAAAGGAGCCCAGGAGCCCUGCCGUGUCUGGGAACCCCCAAAGAGGCAUCGUGAUGGUUCUGCCUUCCAAUAUGAGUAUGAGCCACCCUGCACGUCCCUCUGUGCUCGGGUCCAAGCUGCCAGGCUUCCUCCCCAGCUCAUGGCCUGGGCCUUGCACUUUCUGCUGGAUCCACAGCCAGAGUCUGAGCCAACUCCAAUGUGAGAGGUCACGCAGGACAGAUACCGCUCCACACUCUGCUUCCUUUGAGUUUUUUAAUAAAAUAAUCUCAUGCGGCAGGA